UUGAGCAUGCGCUUGAAAGUCUCCAACAGCUUCGUCAACAACUACAAGAUGGCGUUGUCAGUGAGACUGCUGCGCAAGACAUGAUGAGUGGUUCCGUGGAAGCACUCUGCAGGAACCUCGGGGAAGAUCAGAAAGAAGCUUACCACGUUCAUGCCAAGCAUAGCAAGGCUAUUGCAAAGCGCUUCAAAGCUGAUAUAGCCAGCGAUCCAGUGCAGAACGUCAUCCUCGAUCAGCGCCCGCUGGUUGAUCAAGCCAUCGUGAUGCAUCUGCUACGACAAGGCGACUUUGCAAACGCUGAAGCUUUUGCGCGCGAGGCAUCUGUGGCGCGUGAUGACAAACUCUGGGAUGCAUUCAAAGUUCUCUAUGAGAUCACUACCUCGCUGAGCCGCGGAGAGCUGAGCGAUGCGAUCCCCUGGGCGCGUGCUCGUCGUGAACAUCUACAGCAGCGACGCUCUUCACUCGAGUUCAACCUUCACAAAGCUCAAUAUAUUCGCAUCUAUCAAACCUGACCCGUCUUUGAAG